GGGUAAGAAGGCUGGACAGAAGGUUUCACAUACAGAGGACUCAUUCUGGCAGCAAAGGCUCCGGCGGGCGAAGUGAAUACCAUGGGCUCUUGCUCCGGCCGCUGCACGCUUCUUGCGCUCUGCGCUCUGCAGCUGGUCACAGCUCUGGAACGGCAAGUGUUUGACUUCCUGGGUUACCAGUGGGCACCCAUCCUGGCCAACUUCACCCACAUCAUCGUGGUCAUCUUGGGGCUCUUCGGCACCAUUCAAUACCGGCCACGCUACAUCGUGGUGUAUGCCGUAUGGGCAGCUGUCUGGGUUACCUGGAAUGUCUUCAUUAUCUGCUUCUACCUGGAAGUGGGGGGCCUCUCAAAGGACAGUGAACUCUUGACCUUCCAUCUCUCUGGACAUCGUUCCUGGUGGGAAGAGCACAGACCAGGCUGUCUUCAUGAGAAGGCAGCCACAGCUAGCCUGGGUGCAUCACAUGGACAGUCCUUGGUGGUGGGUGCUGGCUGUGCCAUGGUGUACAGCUACAUGGAAGCACUGCACAGUGGCCUGCAGAUCCUGCUAGCGCUCCUGGGUUUCAUCUACGGUUGCUACGUGGUCAGCGUGCUUACAGAAGAAGAGGACAGCUUUGAUUUCAUUGGUGGAUUUGACCCAUUCCCCCUGUACCAUGUCAAUGAAAAGCCGUCCAGCCUCUUGUCCAAGCAGGCAUAUUUGCCUGCAUAAGUGAGGGAAUGGCUGACCCUGCUCCUGCAACCCAGCCUCAGCUACGGGAACAAUGAGGAGACCCCAGGCCUAGAGUCGCAGCUCUGCUUCCCUGCCUGCCUAGCAUUUUUUCAAGUUCACCAUGGAUACCAGUGAGGGGGGGGGAGACACUGCAGGCCAGGGUGGCUACAACUGUGGGUUUGUAAUCUCUUUUUUCCUUAAAAAAAAUAAUAAGAAGAAGAAAAGGCA